AUGAAAAGACAGCGUACAAAAUGUUUUACUGGGUGUUGGACCUGUCGGUCGCGUCGAGUCAAAUGCGAUGAGGAAACUCCUGCGUGCCAGCGCUGCCGCCAAAUUGGUGUUGCGUGUGAAGGGUAUGGCCUCCGUCUGAACUGGGUACAAUACAACCCACAUGAUAUAGCAGACCAUGACCAGGAACAUGGUCGCCGAGAUAAGUCUCACCAGCCGGAAACCAAGGCGUCUAGACGGUCUUUGGCUUCUUUUGGCUCCUUCCCACCUCUCACUAAUCUGCCUUCUCCCGAAUUAGAUGCUACCUUGACUACAAUCGACGAAUGGCGUCCUGGAGAGACUUCAGAGCUGGAAGAUGGAGCGUUCUGCGUAUUCACUGUGCAGUCAUCUGCAACAAUGCACUCCGCGACGGACACACUCUCUUUUCAUCACUCACAUGGCGCCACAGAAUCGAUGGAUCCGCCUGGCCACUACGUGUCUGUGCCCGAGACGAGUCACCAAGGGGAUGACGGCACACUUGAUGACCCAAUCCAGUCUUUCGACAACUUUCGUGAGGACUCGGUGCCCAUUGCUCAAACUCUCUUGAGCCUUGGAAGGCAGGACCGACAAGCCGCACCACGCCACCUAGAUGCUCUUUCCAUGCCAUCCAAGCAGAAACGGCUCAUCCACCACUGGAUCACCUUCACCAGCCGUAAACUGGUUCUUAUCGAUGAACCACACAAUCCCUGUCGUACUAUGAUGUUACCCAUGGCCCUCAAAGGCCUUGUCUCUCAAGCAGAGGGCUCCAACGCCGACGUCGCCAUAUUCCACGCUCUUUGUGCGUCCGCAGCCUACAACUUAUUCGAGCUGACCGGCCGAACUAACGAGCAAGACCGUGUUCUAGCUCUGUACCACGACAAUGAGGCAGUCCACCAUCUUCGACACAACCUGGCACGUGCUGACGAGCAUCGAGACCAGUCUUUUGCAAUGGCUAUCAUGGCUUGCAUCGCUGUAGAGGCCGUUUCCGGCACGACCCAACGAUGGCGCACACACGUCUCUGGUGGACUGGCUUACUUAGCCCAGCUACAAUCUCAGGGCUUGCCUGAGGCCGCAUUAUCUGCAUUUCGUCAGCACAUGGUGAAGAUGGCUAUUCUUUGUGGCUUCCCAGUACCAGAUCAUCUCAAAGCAUUUCUAGACGACGAAAGUGGAUCAUCCGACGGCCUUGAGUUCACCUUCCCCUACUACGGCGUGUCGAGGUCCUUCCUGCGAGCCCACGACCGCAUUAACACCAUGUUGACGGAUGUAUCAGAAGACAGAACCCCUGCGCAGGAGAAAGAGCUUGAUACAUUUGAGCUGCAGCUGUAUCUCGACUUUCCUGGCCUCCCACCCCAAAAUCCAUUACCAGUAGCGACCAACGCAACGAAUGGCAUUGUCAUUCAUCACACUUCCAUGGUUUUCUACUACGCCGGGCUCAUCUUCUUCCAGCGAAGUGUACGUCGCGCUCCAGUAGCAUCAGUUCAGGAUCUCGUGGAAUUGGGCUUACAGGAACUGGAAUCCAUCGAUCGCGUCGGCCAGGGCAAAUUGGGCUGUUUGAUGCUGUGGCCUGUGCUAGUUCUUGGAGCCGAGUGUGACGGACCAAAGGUGCAGCAACGUAUGCGCGCCUGGUUCCAAGCGCAGCGCUGGCUUGGCUUCAGGAAUCUAGUAGUUCUGGAAGACCUUGUUGCCACAGUGUGGAAAGCUAGGGCCAGUCCUGGGACCAAUGCGAGAGAGGGAGAUUGGCGAGAAGCCAUUCCACAGACGCGGUUCGAUGUCUUCAGGCUUUGA